AUGGCUAAAGCUCUCGGGGCCACGCCAGAAGAGGAGCAUCGCAUGGGCAUCAGCAAGCUCGCGAAACAAAUACAAGGCCAAGUGGGCCUUUUCUUCACAGACUCCAAGCCAGACGAGGUCAUUGAGUGGUUUGCCGACUUCCAGCAACCUGACUUUGCGCGUGCCGGGAAUGUCGCUGGCAAGAAGCUGAUUCUGAAGCUCACGAGUGAGCAAGCCCAGCUGCUGAAACUCAUCGGCGAAAAAAUGGUCACCUUCAGGGUGUCGCUCACAUGCAGGUGGGAGGCUGCGACCGGCGACGUCGUCCAGAUUGAAGGUCAACCAUUACCUGAUAACUCUGGCGAUGCUGAGGAGUCAGACGACGAGAUGGAUGAGUAG